UCUUAGAGAUCCACCUGCCUCUACUUCAGGGUGCUGGGGUUAAAGGCCUGUACCACCAUGCCCACCUUCAAAAGUAUUUGAAAAAAUUUUGAAUUAGGGACAGCUCAUGAAUCCACCCUCCAGCUCUCACAUCAUAGCCUAUUUAACCCUUACUGCAUCCUCAGAACACAAUUCUAACUCCUUACCACACUAGUCACCUCAGCGACCACUGUGAACUUGUUCCCUCCACCUUUCCAAGCACAUUCCUCCCUCUACCUGCACUAGUAAAACUUGGCCACUUAUGGUGACCUGCACAGCAGGCCGUACCGACUCAUGCCACAAAGGUUUUACAACUACUCCGUCAGCUUAGGAAACCCUUUCCUUCCUUAUACCGCUUGGUUCUAGUAUGGCUUCCUCAAGCAAGCUUUCCUUUGAAUUUAGAGCCUGGUUAAGAACUCUUAAAAUUAAACAGUACUAAAGUGUAAAACACAAUUUUAAGAAUGACAUGCCUGUGGUGGCACCUCUAAUCCCAGCACUUAGGAGGCAGAAGCACGUGAUUCUCUGAGUUCUAGGCCAGCCGGGGCUAUAGCGAGAUCUGUCUCCAAACAAUAAAAAGACAAGUACAUAAAAGCAAAACACAAACUAAAGAAAAAGCAAGGGCAUGGUGGCUCAAGACUGCAGUGGGCUACAUGAGAUCGUAUUUCCGAAAAAACCAGACACCGACAGCGAGAUGGCUGAGAGGGUAAAGGCGAUUGCUGCGUAAACCUGACGUAAGCUCGAUCACUGGAUCCCACUGUGAAAGGCAAGAAUCGACUUCUGCAAGUUGUCCUCCGACUUCCUCACCGGUGCCAUAGCAAUACAUUUUAAAAUGUACAAUUUCUGCGUGUGCUCGAUCUAGAACACCGUCUGUAUUUGCGAUGUCUCUCUCCUUCACUGUAUCACGUGCAGACUUCCUACACAGUUUCUAUGGAAUCGCCCUCAGGUUGGGCCAAUGUUCUCUUUCUCAGCUCUGCAGACACACUCACGUAUCUGAAUGCUCACCAACUUAACGUAAGCACAGUGAAAAUUCGCUUUCCCUACGGGGUCUGAGCUCCCGAGGGGGCGUGACGCACACAAGAGUCUUCUGUGGGUCAGAACCCAUUUUCCGAGCAGUUCUUCCCGGGGCCAAGUGUAGGUCUAGAAGAGCUGCUCCUUUGCCCGCGGGGGAAGCACAAGCUGCUUCCAUGUACCAGGGGUUAGCGCUGGGGAAAAAAAGACGGAAUUUCCAGUUCGCUUUGAAAGUCGGGUCAAGGAGAUUGUCUAAAGUCCCCCACGCAAAACGUGACCGGGAACUGCGACUCCCCGGAAGACGAAGGGAGUGGGCGGGGCCGAGGAAAUGACUGACAGCGGAAGUAACCAGGCGGCGCAGUCUGAGUUCUCUAUGUCGGCAUUUGACUAGACAGCCUGGCUGGCCCAAGGCCGCUCGGCGGACAUCGGCCCUCUCGGUGCUCGACUCACCCGCGCUGCUGUCGCUGCUGAAGGAGGAGCAAAGCUCAAGAUGGCGGACAAAACGCCAGGCGGAUCUCAGAAGGCCAGUUCAAAGACCAGAUCAUCAGAUGUUCAUUCAUCUGGAUCUUCAGAUGCACAUAUGGAUGCAUCUGGACCCUCAGAUAGUGAUAUGCCAAGUCGGACACGACCUAAAAGCCCAAGAAAACAUAAUUAUAGGAAUGAAAGUGCCCGUGAAAGCCUUUGUGAUUCUCCUCAUCAGAAUCUCUCAAGACCUCUUCUAGAGAACAAACUUAAAGCAUUCAGUAUUGGAAAAAUGAGCACAGCAAAGCGAACUUUGAGUAAGAAGGAACAAGAGGAAUUAAAGAAAAAGGAGGAUGAAAAGGCUGCUGCUGAAAUUUAUGAGGAAUUUCUUGCUGCUUUUGAAGGAAGUGAUGGUAAUAAGGUGAAAACAUUUGUUCGAGGAGGGGUUGUUAAUGCAGCUAAAGAUGAACAUGAAACAGAUGAAAAACGAGGUAAAAUCUAUAAGCCAUCUUCAAGAUUUGCAGAUCAGAAAAACCCUCCAAAUCAGUCAUCCAAUGAAAGACCGCCAUCUCUUCUUGUGAUAGAAACGAAAAAACCUCCACUGAAGAAGGGGGAGAAAGAAAAGAAAAAAAGCAAUUUGGAACUCUUCAAAGAAGAAUUAAAACAAAUUCAAGAAGAACGUGAUGAGAGACAUAAAACAAAGGGCAGAUUAAGUCGAUUUGAGCCUCCUCAGUCAGAUUCUGAUGGGCAGCGUCGUUCUAUGGACGUGCCUUCAAGAAGAAAUAGAUCAUCUGGUGUUCUUGAUGAUUAUGCACCUGGCUCACAUGAUGUAGGUGAUCCAAGUACUACUAAUUUAUACCUUGGAAACAUUAACCCACAGAUGAAUGAAGAAAUGCUGUGCCAAGAAUUUGGAAGAUUUGGACCAUUAGCUAGUGUAAAAAUUAUGUGGCCUAGAACUGACGAAGAAAGAGCAAGAGAAAGAAAUUGUGGCUUUGUGGCCUUUAUGAAUAGAAGAGAUGCUGAAAGAGCUUUAAAAAAUUUAAAUGGAAAAAUGAUAAUGUCGUUUGAAAUGAAGUUAGGUUGGGGUAAAGCUGUACCUAUUCCUCCACAUCCAAUAUACAUUCCGCCUUCUAUGAUGGAACAUACGCUUCCCCCUCCUCCGUCCGGACUGCCUUUUAAUGCUCAGCCUAGAGAGCGAUUAAAAAACCCCAAUGCUCCCAUGUUACCACCACCUAAAAACAAGGAGGACUUUGAGAAGACUCUGUCGCAAGCCAUAGUCAAAGUGGUUAUCCCAACAGAAAGGAAUUUACUCGCCCUGAUACACCGAAUGAUAGAGUUUGUUGUACGUGAAGGGCCGAUGUUUGAAGCUAUGAUUAUGAACAGAGAAAUUAACAAUCCUAUGUUCAGGUUCUUAUUUGAAAACCAGACACCAGCCCAUGUUUACUACAGGUGGAAACUUUAUUCUAUUCUGCAGGGAGAUUCUCCAACUAAAUGGCGGACAGAAGAUUUUCGUAUGUUCAAAAAUGGAUCAUUUUGGAGGCCCCCACCAUUAAAUCCCUACCUACAUGGAAUGUCAGAAGAGCAAGAAACAGAAGCUUUUGUAGAGGAGCCUAGUAAAAAGGGCGCUCUCAAGGAAGAACAGAGGGACAAAUUAGAAGAAAUCUUGCGAGGAUUAACUCCAAGAAAAAAUGAUAUUGGCGAUGCCAUGGUUUUCUGUCUUAAUAAUGCUGAAGCUGCUGAAGAAAUAGUGGAUUGCAUUACUGAGUCAUUGUCUAUCCUAAAGACUCCUCUUCCCAAAAAGAUUGCCAGAUUAUAUUUGGUUUCUGAUGUUUUAUACAACUCUUCAGCCAAAGUUGCCAAUGCUUCCUAUUACAGAAAAUUUUUUGAAACAAAGCUUUGUCAGAUAUUUUCAGACCUCAAUGCUACCUAUCGUACAAUUCAAGGCCAUUUACAAUCUGAAAAUUUUAAGCAACGGGUAAUGACCUGCUUCAGAGCAUGGGAAGACUGGGCAAUCUAUCCAGAACCAUUUUUGAUCAAACUACAAAAUAUUUUCUUAGGACUUGUAAAUAUUAUUGAAGAAAAGGAAACAGAGGAUGUACCAGAUGACCUCGAUGGUGCCCCCAUUGAGGAAGAGCUUGAUGGUGCACCUCUGGAAGAUGUGGAUGGAAUUCCCAUUGAUGCUACUCCCAUUGAUGAUCUCGAUGGAGUCCCUAUAAAAAGUCUUGAUGAUGAUCUAGAUGGAGUGCCUUUGGAUGCAGCUGAAGACUCAAAGAAGAAUGAGCCUAUAUUUAAAGUUGCCCCAUCAAAAUGGGAGGCUGUAGAUGAGUCUGAAUUGGAAGCACAAGCUGUGACAACUUCUAAAUGGGAGUUAUUUGACCAGCAUGAAGAAUCUGAAGAAGAAGAAAAUCAAAAUCAAGAAGAAGAAAGUGAAGAUGAAGAAGAUACUCAGAGUUCCAAAUCUGAAGAACAUCAUCUGUAUUCUAAUCCAAUCAAAGAAGAAAUGACUGAGUCCAAGUUUUCCAAGUACUCUGAAAUGAGUGAAGAAAAACGAGCUAAACUUCGAGAAAUUGAGCUCAAAGUUAUGAAGUUUCAGGAUGAAUUGGAAUCUGGAAAAAGACCUAAAAAACCAGGCCAGAGUUUCCAAGAGCAAGUGGAACACUACAGAGAUAAACUUCUCCAGCGGGAGAAGGAGAAAGAGUUAGAACGAGAACGAGAACGAGACAAGAAGGAUAAAGAAAAAUUGGAAUCCCGAUCCAAAGACAAGAAGGAAAAAGAUGAGUGUACUCCAACAAGGAAAGAAAGGAAAAGACGACACAGCACAUCUCCCAGCCCCUCUCGCAGUAGCAGUGGUAGACGAGUGAAAUCCCCAUCACCCAAAUCGGAGCGAUCGGAGCGUUCAGAAAGAUCUCAUAAAGAAAGUUCCCGGUCCAGGUCAUCUCACAAAGAUUCUCCUAGAGAUGCUAGCAAAAAAACCAAAAGGUCACCAUCUGGUUCAAGGACACCUAAAAGGUCUAGGCGAUCGCGGUCUAGAUCCCCUAAAAAGUCAGGGAAGAAAUCCAGGUCCCAGUCCCGAUCUCCACACAGGUCGCAUAAAAAGUCAAAGAAAAACAAACACUGACAUAUGUUUUUAAGAUGCUGUCACUUAUUGGAGAUGCAAUUUUGUUUUGUGCCUGAAUUGUCUGGUUUUUAUUUUGUUUUCUUUUGUUUUGUUUUUAAUAAAAAAAAACCACACACACAAAAACACAAAAAAAUAUCUAAUGAAAGAGCAUUCCUGGGGUUUUUUGUUUGUUUGUGAAUGCAUGUGUACACUCAUGAGUAACUGCAUCUGUAGACCUGUCAUUGUUUUAUAUUGUAUAAAUUACUUUUGUUGUGGCUGUUUAUCAAGAUGAAAUUUUUAUUGUGCUAAUGAAUUUCAUCAGAACUGUGUACAAUGGAUCUGCUGGCAGUAGUAUAGUAUUUUGUUUUAGGAUGUUGUGACUUAGACAGAUAAUACAGAUGUCUUCCCCCUUUUGUAGCUUUGACAAUUUGAAUUAGAUUUCAAAUAAAAUCUGAACAGAAAACUAUAAUGUUGUUUUUUUGCCCAAUUGGUGAUAGCAAGUCUACUUAAUGAAUUUGGCACUACUGCUGUUUCUUAUGCCUAAUGCACUUUACAAGCUCCAACGUUCAAGUAGCUAAUGUUUUAUAUUUACUAAGAUGACUAUCAAAAAUUAAGGAACCUGUGAUUCCUGUGUAGUAAGUUUUCCUUAUCCAUUUCAUUAAGAAGGUUCUCUUGGAUAGUACUUAAACCUAGAGAUCAAAAGACUUAAGUGGAUAUGGUGUGGUAUUUUGUUAAUGUAAUGCCUGCUUAAAAUACUUCUCUUUUUUCAAAGAAGCAAUAUGAUUUCAAAACACUCAGCCCAUGUUCUGAGCAAUUACAUAUUUUCAGGGGAAAAUUAAAUAUCUUUUAAUUUUUAUCUUCUAUCAUGAAACAUGUUUAUUUAUAAGAGGUUUUAUAACAAGAUUUGCCAUAGAAUUAUUUUGUAUACUAGUUGCCCUUUUUAUAAUUGUCUGUAGGCUGUCUUUGAAACACUGGUAUCACAGUAUCUCCACAAGUUUGUUUGAAACACCUUACGUUUAAAUUUUUCCUUUUUUUGUGAUUUGGUUUGAGGUGCAGCUUUAAAUAAAAACUUAAAAAUAAAAUGGUUCUCAGGCAAUUUUAACACCCAGUGGUUUGUAAAUUCAAGGUGCAAAAAGUUGUCUUAAACCAUUUGCAGAGUUGAAGUCUAUUAUAAGCAAGAGUAAAAUUGCUGCAGUCUGAGGAAGAAAUGAGAAAACUUGUAUAAUGUUAAUCAAAAUAUUGCAAUGAAAUAUAAUAAAGGGUUACAUAGACUUGAACUGACA